CAAACAACAUGCAGAACUCGUCUGCUAUUUUCCCACGUUGACGAGCCUCCAUUCCGUCUUAAACCUUCCAUGUGAAAACAUCCCAACAAUGUCACCAUUCCUCUUUCUCUUCACGUAUUUGUUAUGUGUCCAAAGUGCUCCAACAGCAACAACGACCGAAUCGCCAUCAAGCAAUGAAGUUGUCAUUAGCAAGAAAAACGAAACUUACGACGUUUCCCAAUUCGAUGAAGUCUACGACCAGAGACAAAAUGGAUCGGAAAAUUACAGACUCAAUGUUAACAAAGUCGUUCUGGUUUGGACUCCCCCUGGAUCAUUAUUAACAGCAGCGAUGUUACUCGACCCGUCUUUGUACGAACCGGAGUUCGGCGAAACGGAUUUUUUCAAACCGGAGAGUGAAGAAAAGCCGGAAAAUUUAUUUGUGGUCAAACCAGAAACCACAAAAGCUCCAGAGGCAAGUUCUGUGGCGAGUGCGGACGAAGCCACCACAGUGGGGAGCACCAAGAGGAAGUUGAAAUUGCCCGGAUUUCUCAGACCGUACAGGAGAAGACAGCAAAUCCAUCAAUAACUCGUCAUUUCAUGUCAUUUGUCUCUAUUUAUUCUCAUUCGAUAAAUAAAAAUAUCUCAUCAAUGA